AUGAGCACUAUUGACAUUGAGGCCUUCUCCUUCCCUCUUGAGCUGUCAGUCGGCGGGAAGGAAGGGUGGGAACAAGUUCGCAGGACCCUGGAGCAGUUGGAUUUGGAGUAUCAACGAUUCCGCGACUCCUACAGCUCAAACGACACGCAGAUGUUGGAUGCCGGCGUUGAUGCGGCGGGCGAUGGUGGCUACACGGUGGGCGCGGAGAUCACGGACGAGGAACUCGCUCAGCUCCAGUUGAACCUCCACGCCGCACCUCAGAAGUACCACAGGGGGUCAGUAACGCUCGUCGAUGCCUUCAAUCUCGACCUUGUCCAUCUUGUCCCUGCGCCAGCCCCGACUGCGAAGCCUGAGGCAGUCGGACCACGCAGCGCGAUCACUUGGCCACCCUUCAGUACGCUCGGCGCGCACCCCGAAGCAUACGACGCCAACAUGGGAUGGUCCCUACUGCACCCUCUGGCCCAGGUUGGGACCCCGUUCACGCAGAGCGCGGGCUCAUGUUCAUCUUCGGCGUCCCCGUUCUUUGUCUAUCAGCAGCCCACCGACACUUUCAGCGGGGGAGCCUCUCCGGAGACCCCUGCACCAAACAACUUCACACACCACCCUGCAUUCAUCAGCGGAGAGACCGCAACGCACACGCAGGGACAGAGUGCACCGUCAUCGGCGCAGGAGGCGGCGAGUCUCGGCGUCCCUCCCUCUGAGUCACACGAGCAACCCACCGAACUCAGGACCGGUGUCCCCCAAGCUGUUGAUGACCCCAUCGCGCCUGGGCCCCGCAUACAAAAACUCAUCGACAAGGGCGGGCUAUUGCCAGGCCAGCACGACGACUGGCUUGGCAUCGUUCGCAAGAACAUUUGCGGGGUCAUACUCCAUCGUCACAUCGCAUUCGAGAAGCAAUUGCCAACCGAUGUGCAGGACAAAUACGAGCGCCUUCGCGAUGCUGUUUACCAGCAUGCGCGCUUCUGGGUCGGCGGUCUGCCCGACCCUAUGAGCGAAUACUUCUCCCCGAAGGAGGGAUAUUACAGGUGCCCGAUCUGCACGGAGGAGAUCAAGUACCUGGCCGCGUUCUUGCGCCAUGUCGAGGGCACGAAUCACCUCGGCAUCAUCUACCUCUGCAACCACGAGCGGGGCGCGACGACCAUGCAGUCGUGUCAGUUUUCGUGUUGGCGCGCGAACAACUUGAAUCGACACUUGAAGGAUGUGCACGGGGUGCACUCCGGCCGAAAGAAGGACAGGAGGACGCUUGCGAAGGAGGCGGGCAGGAAGUCCAGGAGGUCUUAG